AUGGAAGUUGGCACAAAAAAUCUUAGCAAAUAUUUCCCUCCCACAAAGACAGCAAAGUUAAGGAAUGAUAUCACCACGUUCAUCCAAUUUGAGGGUGAAUCAUUAUAUGAAGCAUGGGAGAGGUACAAAGAUUUAUUGCGAAGGUGUCCUUAUCAUGACCUUCCAGCAUGGCUUCAAGUGCAAACAUUCUACAAUGGUCUAGGAGCUACAAGCAGGUCUAUGGUUGAUGCAGCAGCUGGUGGAGCUUUAAUGAGUAAAACUCAUGAGGCAGCCUAUGAACUUCUGGAAGAAUUGGCAUCCAACAACUAUCAAUGGCCUACAGAAAGAGCAAUGCCAAGAAAGACAACUGGAGUUUUAGAACUUGAUUCUAUUACCUCAUUAGCAGCACAAAUGGUAACUUUGUCUCAACAACUAGGUAAAAUGAAUGUUAAUGCUAUUCAAACUAAUGUUGUUUGUGAUCAUUGUGCAGGAAAUCAUUCAAGUGUCGACUGCCAAGUGGGAAAUCCUUUUGCCCAAUCGAGUUAUGGACAAGCAAAUUACUUGUCAAAUCUUCAACGUCAAAAUAAUCCAUACUCGAACACGUACAAUCCUAGAUGGAGGAAUCACCCCAACUUCUCAUGGAGCAAUAACCAAGUGCAGGCUAAACCACCUCAGCAAUUUCCACAUCAAGAGAAGAAGCCGACACUUGAGGACAUGUUCAUGCAGUACAUACAGAAGACAGACGUGGCGAUCCAAAAUAACUCAGCUUCAAUCCGUAAUCUUAAGGUGCAAAUCGGUCAGCUCUCAAGCAUGCUCACAGAGAGGACUGCAGGAACUUUGUCGAGCAACACUGUCACCAAUCCGAAAGAACAUGCAAAGGAAAUAUCAUUGAGAAGUGGGUGA